AUGGGUAAGCUUACUACAAUUCUGUUGAUGGAGUCUAUUUUCACUGCUUUACCAGCUCUGCACCCUACACUCAAGCUCCAGUACUACAAGUUGGAUGAAAACUCCAAAAUAGACUUUGUAGAGGCCAAGCGGCGCUUCGUAGAUGCGGUUAACCAGCGUGAUCUGGAGCACCACACAGAGCAUCCCACCUUGCAGAUCGAGCAGCGUGUUCGCGUAGCCGAUAUGCAAGAGGAACCUAUACAGCUCUCGUCCAGAGACGCGGUGAGGCAGCUUUUCAAUGCUGCGCUUCACCCAGAGAAGUCUUCUCAAUCUGCAGGACAAGGCUCUGAGCUGGGGACGCACCCCAGCUUCAAGUUGGCCCCGGAAGCCAGGAGGAUCUUCCAGCUCCCCGACCCCGGACGAAGCGGAUCGCGCGUGGGCCAACUCAAGCGGGCUCAACCCUACCAGCGUGCCGCGUCCCAAAGCCAUCAAGCAGAUCUUGUCAAUCACUGUGCCAGCCGGCCCGACACGCCGGUCACCUCGGACGACUCCACCACCGAGACCACCGAGGACUCCUCCUCCGAGAGCGACGAGAGCUCCCUGCAAUCUGCAUCCGCGAGUGAAGACAUCGACGAGGCCGAGAUGGACAGCAUGAAUGACGACCAGGUUCCCCCGGGCUACAAUGAAGCCAACCCGCCGCCACCGCCGCCGGUGCCACCACCAGAAGCGCCACCAGCGGCUGUGACCAACCUCAUGAUGUCAGCGGCGCAAUUCGGGGAACUCGUCGAUCACAUGCUUGGAGUGGGACAGCGCGCGUGCGCGCCACGCCCCCACGUCGCGCAACCGGACAACUUCGACGGCACCCGCGCGAACUUCCGAAGCUUCGUCAGCCAGAUUCAAAGGAUGAUGGGUGUGCAGCCGCCGCAAUCGGACGCAGAAUACAUCGGGAUCGUCCUCAGCUACUUCCGCGGACCCGCCGUCGAGCAAUGGGUCGCGACCUACAUGGAUGGAUCCCCUCCGUUCUUUUGCAUGGUGUGGUUCUCUCUCCAAUAG